CGCUUGAGGGUGCUGUGAGAUGCAGACAGGGCUAACGCUGUCACUGUGCGACCCCGUCUGAGAGGAGGAGGAGGAGGGUCUUAAGCGAAAACAAGCAGAAAAUCUGGCAGAGCAAGCAGCUAGCAAUGGAGACAUACGAGUGAAUGGUAAAAGGGGUGAAUCGUGCAGUCACGGGAGCAUGUUGAUAUGGACAGAGCCCAGCAUGCGCGAAGUCUCUGUUAGUAAUCUUUCAAAAUUGACGCAAAGGGGGUGGACGCAACCCAAGAGCGGAAACAAAGGCGCUUUGGUUUGAACAAGAUACAUCUUUAAAGAAGGGGGAUAAUUGGUCCCUCAGUAUGAGUCGAGAUGGAUGGAGAAAGAAAGUCAGUGAAGAUGAUGGGUGGGGAGGACUGGGCGGUUACAUGGCUGCAAAAAUCUCUAAGCUUGAGGAGCAGUUUCAGAAGGAUGCCCCGAGAGAGAAGCAGAAAGAUGGAACAUCCUCCUGUAUCUUCAGCGGUGUGGCCAUCUACGUCAAUGGAUAUACAGUUCCCAGUGCGGAUGAGCUGCGCAGGCUGAUGAUGCUGCAUGGUGGGCAGUUCCAUCUCUAUUAUACUCGCUCCAAAACCACACAUAUCAUUGCCACCAACCUGCCCAACAACAAAAUACAAGCGCUGAGAGGAGAGAAAGUAGUGCGACCAGAGUGGAUCACAGACAGUAUAAAGGCAGGCCGCCAGCUUUCAUACAUUCAGUAUCAGCUCUAUACCAAGCAGAAAUGCUUGAGCUUUGCUGGUGUUUGUGCACAAGGAGGGCAGGAUUCGUUAUUCAGCCAUGGACCACCCAAACCCAGUCAAAGCCACCCCCAGUCAGACAGUAUCAAGCCCAGUCACACUCAAACCCUCUCUAAAGAAGUUCUCAAAUCCACUCAAGCUAACCACACGGCUAACUUCACUGAUCGAACCAAUCACCAGUUGGACGUCAGACUAAAUGGUUCAUAUAGCAUCAUCUCUGAGGAGGAUGUUGAGAGGCCUAGAGUUAAUGGGAUUCAUGAUGGAGAUGAUGAUGUCAACGCCUGUGCCCUUUUGCCAAGAGGCUCACAAGACACUUUGUUAACUAAUGGCUAUGUACACCCUGUGAAUGGUGCCUUAAAGCCUCAGGACUCAGUUUCUUUUGCAGAACAUCGCCCUCAUGUUGUUGAUACAGGGUCCCAUCAGUCCCACCUCCCACAGGCUGGAUGCAGGGACAGGGAGGAGCCCAGCUGCUCUUCUGCUGGAUCAAAAGCAAAUUCCCAUCAGUCAUCCUUAAUAUCCACAGCCAGCCCUGCAAAGAAGCCUGAUCCUCACAAUAUGCAAAAGGACCUCCAUCCAGAACCAACAUCUAAUCCAGGAACUUCAAGAGUUCGACUAAAUGGGAGUUAUCACGUGACCCCUAACUCCUCCAUCCUUGCAAACUCUAGUAACCAGCCAGGAAGUUCAACUGCGCAGGGAGCAGAUGCUGGAAUAAUAUCCGAGUUCUUUUCACACUCAAGGCUGCAUCAUAUUUCUACGUGGCGGAAUGAGUUCUCUGAGUAUGUGAACGCCCUGCAGAGCAGGCGGCGAGCAGCAGGAGGGGCUGUUUUCUCUGGAAAAGAGAAACUAAAGAAGAUCAAAGCUAACUGCAGUUCAGGUUCCUUAAUGGCUGCUCCUCAGGUGCGUCAGUCCUGUAUUCUUCAUGUGGAUAUGGACUGCUUCUUUGUAUCCGUUGGGAUCAGACACCGACCAGAUCUCAUAGGGAAACCGGUUGCGGUGACAAGUAACCGUGGUCCAGGCCGCGUUCCACAGCGACCUGGUGCAAAUCCUCAGCUUGAGUUUCAAUACUACCAGAGGAAACAGAAACAGUACAGAAAAGAGAAGACAGAUGAUGAUCUUGAGAUGACCCCAUCUCCACAGUUUGAUGAAGGUCCCAGUAAUGGAGUGGAUCUGGACCUGGCCGCCCUCUCUAUGGCCGAGAUUGCCUCUUGCAGUUACGAGGCCAGGCAGGCUGGCGUGCGAAACGGCAUGUUCUUUGGUCGGGCUAAGCAGCUCUGCCCUGAUCUGCAGUCUGUCCCGUAUGACUUCCAGGCGUAUAAAGAGGUGGCUCUGACUAUGUAUGAGACCCUGGCCAGUUACACUCAUAACAUUGAGGCACUAAGUUGUGACGAGGCCCUGCUGGACGCCACAGCUCUUCUGGUUGAGCUGGGAGUUACUCCUGAUGAUCUGGCACGAUCCAUCCGUGAAGAUAUAAAGGAGAAGACUGGUUGCUCUGCCUCAGUUGGAAUGGGUUCCAACAUCCUUCUUGCUCGGAUGGCGACCCGUAAGGCCAAACCAAAUGGACAGUACUUCCUCCGGUCAGAGGAAGUAGAUGAUUUUAUUAGGGAUCAACCUGUCUCCAGUUUGCCUGGUGUGGGUCGCUCGAUGGGCUCCAAGCUGACCUCCUUGGGAGUGAGUAGCUGCGGUGACCUCCAGCAGUUGUCCAUGUCUCGACUGCAAAGGGAGUUUGGGCCACGGACGGGACAGACGCUCUUUCGUUUUUGCAGGGGACUGGAUGACAGGCCUGUUCGCAGCGAGAAGGAGAGAAAGUCUGUGUCUGCAGAGAUGAACUACAACAUUCGGUUCACACAGGUUGAAGAGGCGGAGACUUUCCUCACUAACCUAUCUAUGGAGGUGCAGAAGAGGUUGGAGGGGGCGGGGCUUAGAGGUCGCCGGAUUACGCUGAAAGUCAUGAUGCGGAAAGCAGGGGCUCCGAUAGAGCCAGCCAAAUAUGGUGGUCAUGGGAUAUGUGACAACUUUGCCAGGUCUGUUUUACUAGCUCAGCCCACAGACGAUGGACAGCUGAUUGCAGCAGAGGCCAUUAAGCUAUUCCGUGGCAUGAAGUUGCAUGUGAAGGACAUGAGGGGAGUGGGACUGCAGGUGCAGCAGUUGGAGGGACCACAUGCAGACCCAUCAGGACAAGGGCCCUCUUGUGGUCGCUCGAUCAAAGACCUGUUGCUGGCCAAACAGCCUGCACACAGCCCCAGGAAAGACCCUCUUGCACAAGAUGGUUUAACCAGUCCUUCCUCAUCCAGAGCUUUCUCCUCCAAUCAGGAGAGAGUUACUCCACCAUCAUCACCACCCUCCACCAUCUCAGAUCCAAUGCCUGGAACGAGUAAAGGAGAUUUUCACCAUCCACGCACCCCCAACCAUGUUAGGGCAUCCCUAAAUAUCAGCAUUGAGGUGCCAUCUCCCUCUCAGGUGGACCUGUCUGUUUUAGAAGCUUUACCUGUAGACAUAAGGAAACAGGUGGAGCAGUCCUGGAGACACAGAGAGGAGCAGCCAAGCACCUCAUAUCAUCUCCCAAGCCCACCUCGAACCUCCUCUUCACCUCCAGCCCCAUCGUUUGGCACGCUUGUACUGCAGCUCCCAGACCAGCCAGGUCAACCAUGCACAACGGGCAUUAUACUAGAGCUCCCUGACUUCUCCCAGGUUGACCCAGAUGUGUUUGCAGCACUUCCCAGAGAGCUUCAGGAAGAGCUGUGCUCUGCUUAUAGAAACAAGGCGAACGCUCAAGCUCAAGGCACCACUGUGGAACAAAAAAACACAUUUCCUCAACUAAAGCAGCCUGCAGUGGGGAAAUUAAAGCGCCGAUACAAAAAGAGAAAUGCUAGUCCUGCCAAAAAGGGUCCAAGUCCACUAAAAAAACUAUUUCCUGGAAACAGCCCUGCCAAAUCCAGCCCCUCCAAAAUUCUUCCUCUGCCACUCAAACAACAAGGCCUCAAAACUGAAAAUGUACAGUGCCCGUCCUCUCCGAGCACAGAUGUCCCAAAGACCUUAUCCAAAUUAAAUCUCCGCCCAGUCCCGACCCUAGCUGGAGCUUAUGAAUUCAGUGACAUCAGAACUCUGCUUCGUGAAUGGGUCACUACCAUCUCGGAACCAAUGGAAGAGGACAUUCUAGAGGUGGUGAAGUACUGCACAGAACUCGUGGAUGAUAAAGACCUGGAGAAACUCGACCUUGUCAUCAAAUACAUGAAGAGACUUAUGCAGCAGUCCUCAGAGUCAGUAUGGAGCAUGGCCUUUGACUUCAUCCUUGACAAUGUGCAGGUAGUGGUACAGCAAACCUAUGGUAGCACUCUGAAGAUCACAUAGGAGAACCGUCCUAACCUCAGUCACUGUGACAUCAGCCCAGUCCUGCCACCUCAUCAUGAUGUGUGAGAGAGACAACAAAACCGCUUGAGUGUGCCAGUCGUAGCAUUGCUGUCCUGUUGUGAAAUCUCCCAGUCGAGCUUCUCUGAGAACACAGAGGACAUCUGAGGAUUACAAGAUCAAGCCGAUGAUGAUGAGGAACAGAUGAGCAUACCAGCUUCAUUCAGCUGAACACUGAAUAUUUCUUUCAUCAUGAUGUCAAUUCUCUUGACUGAUGUCUAGAGGAUCUUUGGUAACACUUUUCAGUCAGCUUGUAUUUGUUAACAUUAGUUAUUGCGUUAAGUAUCAUGAACUAAAAAGGAAUCAUUUUUAACAGCAUUUAUUAAUCUUGGUUAAUGUUAAUUCAUAAAUAUGCUAUUUUGCUAUUAUUACUUCUUAGUUCGUAAAUACAUUAACUAAUAUUAACAUAAAUUAGUAACAUUUUAAAAUAUAUAAAUGUAGAAAGUAACAUUUUACAGCACUUAUUAAUCUUGAUUGAAGUAUGGUUGAUUUUUAGUUCAUGAUAACUGUAGUCAUAACUGAUAUUAAUGUGUACAACCUGAGUAUAAAAUGUUACCAAAACUUUUUUUGAAUGUUUUAAAUGCACUGACUGUCCUAAACUAAGCAAAGCAAGCUUCUUUGCUUUCUAUUUGGAAUUGUUUUUCUUUCUUGUCUUUAUUGUCAGCAUUUCAUCUUCUUGUACCCCAGAACCUGUGUUUAUUUUGAAUAUCUGGCCUCAGAAAUAUAUAAUAGACUUUGUAGCAAAGCAGAAUGGAGUGGCAUGUCAUUUGCCUUUUAUGAGUCAGACUGAGAUGUUUAAAGUGGAAAUAGGGAAACCGUAUCUUCUAUCAAAAUCUUUUGGCAGUUUAGCAUGUGGAUACUAACAUUUUAUGUAAAGCUAACAUUUAUGUUUUCCUAGAUUUAAAAAAAAAUGCAUAUAUAUAUAUAUAUAUAUAUUACUCCAGCUCAUUGAUUGUUUCUUGUAUGUUUGUUCGUAUGUGUGAAAGAGUUAAAGAGAGAUGAAUAUUUAUGAAGAAAAAGAUUAAAACAUUGGCCAGGUUAAUUUUACUAAAUUGAGUUUCAACUGUCCUGUCAUGCUUCUCAGUCUUGUUUUCUAAAUAUAUGGAUAUGGUGCUGCAGGAAAGGAAAGGUUUUUCAAUCAGAUGGAUGUGAACCACAUAAUAGGUCAAAGAUGGAUACUUCAGUCUACAUUCCUAAUGAAGCGUUGUCCUCUCAAUCCCUUUUCAUUGUAGGUUUGGCUUUAUGUAUGAACAGAAUGUACUUGACUCUUCAAAUGUUUUAAGUUUAUACUUUCUUGGUUUUAAGAAGCUGCUCAUGAGACGUACAUCUGUUAUUAUCUCACAUUACAGAGAGGAAGGCCUGAAAAAUCCAUAUUUGGUCAAAAAUCUGUCGUGACAGAAUGACCUGUGCCUGAAGACCAGAAGCUGUGACAUCAUUUGUAUGUUUUCUAAAUUUUCAAAUAAAUUUGGAUAAUUGAUA